AAACUUUUUCUAAUCAGAUAACACAAUUUGAACCUCAUUCUAUGCUGUAACUUACAUCAUUGCACCAUCAACGGAAGCGAAAAUAGAAAUAACCGAAUAUUUUUACAAAAUGAUGGAAAGAAAGGGCUAACAACAACGUUAUCCUGUACCCGCGGACAUAUCAAGUCACCGUAACCUUAGAUACGCGUUAUUCAUUUGGUUAUGGGGCUUUAUCAUUAAUCCAGGUAUAUAAAGACGCUCUCGUCGUCCAUCCACCAUAGAAUUCAUCAAAAUGACCGUCGAUUUUCCUGUAUGGCAACAAAGAGCUAGCGCUGCCCAAGAGCGCCGUGAGAAGCAGCUACCAGAUGAAUACCGCAUCCCCAAGGACAAGAUGCCAGACGCCUCUGUCAAAGAUGUUAUGAACUUUCCCCGAGAAUCAGGCUUAUUCUCGAACGAAGAACUAGAGAUCACCGAACUAUCUGUUCCUGCCCUCUUGAAAGCCAUAGAAGACAAGAAGUGGACCGCCGUUCAAGUCACGAAGGCUUACUGCAAACGAGCCGCAUAUGCUCAACAGCUACUGAACUGUCUAUCGGAAAUGGUGUUUGAUCGAGCUAUUGCUGAAGCUCAGGAACUCGACGACUUUUAUGAAGCCACUGGAAAACUGAAAGGUCCUUUGCAUGGUCUACCUGUUUCCAUUAAGGAUAAUCAUCUUCUCAAGGGAACCACUUCUGGUGUAGGAUUUACCAGCUGGUCAACAACCAUUCAUAACGAAGACUCUGUGAUUGCUCAACUAUUGACUCGUAUGGGUGCCAUCAUGUACUGCAAGACUACUGUCCCUAUGGCUAUGUUGUCUGUUGAAACUGAAUCCAGAGUCCUUGGUUUGACAGUGAACCCUAGGAACAGAACUCAUACUGUUGGUGGUAGCUCUGGAGGUGAAGGAGCUCUAUCUGCAUUCGGAGGAUCUCCUGUCGGUCUUGGAUCCGAUAUUGGUGGAAGUAUUCGUAUUCCCGCCUGCUACAAUGGUAUUUAUGGUAUCAGGGGAACCAUUGGCCGAAUCCCAACCGCUGGAACUCUUACUGGUUUACCUGGGCAGUUUCAUGUCAAAUCUGUAGCAGGACCUAUGGCAAGAACUUUGGAAUCGGUUGAGCUUAUAGCAAAGCUGCUUUACAAUAGCCACCCCGAACGUUUGGAUGAAAACUGUGUACCUAUUCCUUGGAGAGAACCCACUCUUCCUAAGAAGCUUGUCUUUGGUGUUAUUCGAUCUGAUAAAAUUUGUCGACCUACCCCAGCCGUCACUCGAGCCAUCGAAAAUGCAGUAGAAGCAGUCAAGGCCCAAGGACAUGAAGUCAUAGAAUGGGAACCAGUUGACGUAGCUGGUGCUGGCGAUAUAAUAAUGGCUUUCUUUACUUCUGAUGGCGGUGCUUUACUUAAGGAAUCUAUGGAAGACGAACCACCACUCGAGCAUCAAGCAUUUAACAGUUCGCUUUUUAAACCAAUACCGGCCAGCAAAGUCUGGGCUGCUCAAAGAGAAAGAUCUAAGAUUGAAAAGGCAGUUCUAGCACAAUGGAAUGAGAGCUGCAAAUUAUCUGAAUCAGGUCAGGUUAUGGAUGGUAUCAUAUCCCCAGUCAGUGCCGCACCAGCAUACCCUCACCAUAAGCCCUUUUAUGGAUCAUACACUAGUUAUUGGAAUCUUGUGGAUUACCCUUCAGUAUCUUUCCCAGUCCUUGAGGCGGAUGCCUCAAUUGACGGUAAGCCUGAUAUUGAAUAUAUCUCAGAUGCGGAAAAGAAUCUUUGGGAAAGCUUUGAUCCUAUUGCCUGUGAUGGAGGAUGUGUGGGUCUUCAAAUCAUCACAAGAAGGUUUGAGGACGAGAAGGCAUUGAAGCUAGCAGGAGUUAUUUCAGAUGCUUUAAAAAAACUGUAAAUGCACAUGCACUAGCUUGAAUAAAGUAAAAUGUCAAUGUUCAA